AUGAUCGCCAUAGGACUGGAAGGAAGCGCCAACAAGAUAGGCGUCGGUGUCAUCUCCCACCCUGGUCCUAACAAGCCACCGAUUAUUCUUGCGAACCUGCGGCAUACCUAUGUUUCCCCGCCCGGCGAAGGCUUCUUGCCCAAGGACACCGCGAUACAUCACCGAGCAUGGGUCGUGAGGCUAAUCAAGCAGGCUGUGCGACAAGCGGGAGUCAAAAUUGAAGACAUCGAUUGUAUAUGCUAUACCAAGGGCCCAGGUAUGGGCGCACCAUUACAAAGCGUCGCGCUUGCAGCCAGGACGAUCAGUUUACUGUGGGGGAAGCCCAUGGUGGGCGUGAACCACUGCGUUGGUCACAUCGAAAUGGGUCGCUCAAUAACCCGCGCCGAUAACCCCGUGGUCCUAUACGUAUCUGGUGGCAACACCCAAGUCAUUGCUUACUCCGCCCAACGGUAUCGAAUCUUCGGUGAGACCUUGGAUAUUGCCAUAGGAAACUGCAUCGAUCGCUUCGCCCGCACACUUAUGAUACCCAAUGACCCAUUCCCCGGAUACAAUGUUGAGCAGCUGGCAAAGCAUGGCAGGAAUCUCGUCGAUCUACCAUAUGGCGUCAAAGGCAUGGACGCGAGCUUCUCGGGUAUCUUGGCUGCAGCCGAUCUCCUCGCACGCGGACUAGACGAGUCAUUACCCGACGAGAAAAGAUUAAAGACUGAAGAUGGACAGCUGGUCACAAGAGCAGACAUGUGCUUCUCCCUACAAGAGACCAUUUUCGCCAUGCUCGUUGAGAUUACCGAGCGAGCCAUGGCACAUGUCGGCUCACAGCAAGUGUUAGUCGUGGGCGGCGUGGGCUCGAACAUGCGCUUACAGCAAAUGAUGGGCAUGAUGGCAAGAGACAGGGGUGGGAAUGUGUUUGCGACAGACGAGAUGUUCUGCAUUGACAACGGCAUCAUGAUUGCUCACGCUGGCUUAUUAGAGUAUGGAACUGGAGUGAGGACGGAGUUGAACGACACGACAUGUACCCAGCGGUUCCGAACUGACGAGGUGUUUGUGGGCUGGAGAACUGACUGA